UAAGGGCAUGUAAACGCCCAUCAAGCCCUCUUAAAACAAGUUUCUCUUUCGUCCUAUUCGAGCCCGCUGUAGAAAUUUUAUUUCACAUUCUCACCUUGGCAUUUCUACAACGCAAAAUCGACAUCUGAUUUUCUGAUUUUCAACUUGGCUUUUCAUAAAUUUUGUUUGUUUGGUUCAAUUUCCCAGAAAAAAGCAGGAAAGAGUGAUGCUUUCAGGUUUAGCUACUGGAAGUCAAUUCCAGCCUAAAGUUUUGAACUUUCAUUCGAGGCAAAUAGCAGCAGGCCGAAGUGGAGGGAAAUUGCUCGCCUUAAGAACCAGGUCAUAUCCUAAGAAUAAAGUUAGAUGCAACAUUGCACAAUCGAACCUGGACUUUUCUUCGAUCGAGGGGAAUGAAAAGAGUCAUCCUUUGGUCAAAAUGUGUGGCAUUACAUCGGCUAGAGAUGCUGCUAUGGCAGCAGAAGCCGGCGCCAAUUUCAUUGGGAUGAUCCUUUGGCCCAAGUCCAAACGCUCCAUUUCGGUUUCAGUUGCAAAGGAAAUCUCAGAAGUUGCAAGGGAAUAUGGGGCUGAGCCUGUUGGAGUCUUUGUCGAUGAUGAUUUAGACACAAUUUUAAGAGCUUCCGAUGCAUCAAACAUUGAAUAUGUGCAGCUUCAUGGAGAUCUUUCUCGGGCAGCUUUUCCAAAGUUAGUGCAAGAAAACAGAAUCAUGUAUGUUCUUCACGCAAAUGAAGAGGGAGACCUUCAAAACCAGAUUUCCGAUGAAGACUGUUCUUUAGUAGACUGGGUUCUUGUAGAUAGUGCGAAAGGUGGCAGUGGCAAAGGAUUUAACUGGGCUCGUUUUAAAUUACCGUCAAUCAAAAGCAAACACGGCUGGCUUUUGGCUGGGGGAAUCAACCCUAAUAACGUCUGUGAGGCCAUUAGUACUCUCAAACCUCAUGGAGUUGAUGUAAGUAGCGGCAUUUGCGGCCCAGAUGGUAUUCAGAAGAACCAAUCACAGAUAUUUUCUUUCAUGAAUGCAGUCCGUUCUUCACCAUAUUGAUUGAUCCAUCAACAGCAAUUGAACCGUCCCCGCACAUGGAUAAGUUACAUCAAACACAUUCGACUAUGUAAUUUAUGUACCUUGAACUACAACCCGGAAACUAGUCUUUUCUUCUUUGUUUUUUGCCCUCGAUUUUUUAGCUAAAACUUAUAAUAAUGUCCCACCUUCAUAGGUGAUGAAUGGAAAAUGCAAAACAAUCUACUUUGC